UAUGCACGAAUCAGACGCUUUCAUUUCCAAAUAAAAAUAGACACAUAUAAUUUCAAUAACAAUAAUCUUUUCCACCCCAUAACAGACGCUCCCUGGUGCGGACACUGCAAAGCCCUCGCCCCUGAGUACGCCAAGGCCGCCAAGGCUCUGGCCGAAAAGAACUCCAACAUCAAGCUCGGCAAGGUCGACGCUACCGAGGAGCAGGAACUCGCCGAGAAGCACGGAGUCCGUGGCUACCCGACGCUGAAGUUCUUCCGCAGCGGAACUCCCAUUGAGUACACCGGCGGUCGCGAAAAGGACACCAUCAUUUCCUGGCUGGAGAAGAAGACUGGACCGGCUGCCAAGGAACUGGAAACCGUUGCCGAUGCCGAGGAAUUCCUGAAGGAGAACAACGUCGCCGUGGUCGGUUUCUUCAAGGACCGUGAAUCGGCCGAAUGCAAAGCUUUCCUGACCACCGCCAAUGCCGUUGAUGACUAUCCAUUCGCCGUCACUUCCAGCGAAGAUGUGUACGCCAAGUACGAAGCCAAGUGCGGAUCGGUUGUCCUGUUCAAGCACUUCGACGAUGGAAAGGCUGUCUUCGAUGGCGAAUACACCGAGGAAGCCCUGAAGAAGUUCGUUGCCGCCCAGGCCCUGCCACUAAUUGUUGACUUCAGCCACGAAACCGCCCAGAAGAUCUUCGGAGGUGAAAUCAAGAAUCACCUGCUGUUCUUCAUCUCCAAGGAAGCUGGUCACAUGGAAUACAUCGAAGCCGCCAAGGAAGUCGCCAAGAAGUUCCGCGAGAAGAUCCUGUUCGUCACCAUCGAUGCUGACCAGGAAGAUCACCAGCGUAUCCUUGAGUUCUUCGGAAUGAAGAAGGAUGAAGUCCCGUCGAUGCGCAUCAUCCACCUGGAGGAAGAUAUGGCCAAGUACAAGCCUGAAACUAAUGACCUGGCCGCCGAAAAGGUUGAAGAUUUCGUCUCCAAAUUCUUCGAGGGCAAGAUCAAGCAGCACCUGCUGUCCCAGGAACUGCCAGAAGACUGGGACAAGAACCCCGUCACCGUUCUGGUUGCCGACAAGUUCGACGAAGUUGCCAUGGACUCCACCAAGGACGUGCUAGUCGAAUUCUACGCCCCGUGGUGCGGACACUGCAAACAGCUGGUGCCAAUCUACGACAAACUGGGUGAGAAGUACGCCGACGACGAUACCGUCGUGAUUGCCAAGAUGGACGCCACGGCCAACGAGCUGGAGCACACCAAGAUCAACUCCUUCCCGACGAUCUACCUGUACCGAAAGGGAGACAACCAGAAGGUCGAAUACCGAGGAGAGCGCACCCUGGAAGGAUUCGUCAACUUCCUGGAAGGAAAGACAGAGGAACCCGAGGUCGAGGAAACCGAAGAGGAGCACAAGCCAGAAAAGGAUGAGCUGUAAAUCGUCCGCGGAGAAGCCAGGGGAGCGUGCAGGAGUGUUAAUACUAAGAGCUAAGAGCCAAACCACAUGAGACACAGAUUCCAACCUCUCCAACGUCAUCGGAAGUCCAUCAAUCGUGUGGUUUUUUUUUUUAAUUGGAACACAUCAGACAUUUACCAAAACACGUACAUACAGACACUUACACUCUCACAGACACACACGCACGCACACACAAAUAGUUCAGACGGAAACAAAACAAUAGAGAAAGUAAAAUUCCACCACACAGGCGCAGGCAUUAUUGACAGAGCGAGACAGUGUUGUAAAAUAGUCACGAUAGGGUUCCCGCGUUUUCCCUUUUUGUCCAGAUAGGCGAAAGCAGAAACAAAAGUAGAGGAAGUUUAUCUUUUCAAGAGACUGUUCUUAUUUAAUAGUUUUGUGCGCUGUUCGGAGGGAAGUCUGAAAUUGUGAGAAGAGCGAUGUAAAUGUACUUUGAGAUCGUCGAAAAAAACAAGCGCAAAAAUGGAAUGAAAAUGGGAAAGAAGGUGUGAAGUUAAGGUAACAGAAUGCAUUUUUCAAAUGUUAUAUUAACAUUAAACAAAAUAAAAAAUAUGAGGAGAACACUAAACGAAAGUAGUAUCAUUUUUUUCCGCUACAUUACACUAUUUCAAAGAGGUAUGUUGUGCUGAACGGGAGUAGAUAACGCAAGCACUGUCUUUUCUUCCAGGUGAUUAUCAAUUCCAAUAAUCUAGCUAAUUCUUCAAGGUUUCAGCACGAACAGGAUUCUAACUUAUAGCGGUAUAUUAUCUAUCUCAUAGAAAUCUUUAUUACUGAGAUGCACCACAAAUAACGGCAAACUUAAUCCGAAAUUCAUUUGUCUUGUUAAAUUGGUUAGUUUGCAUACCGUACGAAAAUUUCUGGCCACCAUUGGAAACUUACCUACUUAAAACAUUCAGUUGAAAGAGCAGAAUAAUAAAGUGAUAGGGAAAUUGAUAA